CAGAGAGGUACCCGCCACGGAAAUCGGUCUAGCACUGUAUGGGGGACUUGACAGUCAUAAGGACUUAAAUCCUCCCUCCGGCCUCUUCAGUCUUCCACAUGUACUGGCUCCUCCCCUUCAGUCUUGACAGGUGUAUCGGCUCCUCCCCUUCAGUCUUGCACAGGUGUACCGGCUCCUCCCCUUCAGUCUUGCACAGGUGUACCGGCUCCUCCCCUUCAGUCUUGCACAGGUGUUCCGGCUCCUCCCCUCCAGUCUUGCACAGGUGUACUGGCUCCUCCCCUUCAGUCUUGCACAGGUGUACCGGCUCCUCCCCUUCAGUCUUGCACAGGUGUACCGGCUCCUCCCCUUCAGUCUUGCACAGGUGUACCGGCUCCUCCCCUUCAGUCUUGCACAGGUGUACCGGCUCCUCCCCUUCAGUCUUGCACAGGCGUACCAGCUCCUCCUCUAUAGUAUUGCACAGGUGUUUCGGCUCCUCUCCUUCAGUCUUGCACAGGUGUACCAGCCCCUCCCCUUCAGUCUUGCACAGGUGUACCGGCUCCUCUCUUGGCCUGAAAAUUCCUACUCUGACUUCACUGCACACUGUGAGCUUUUCACAAUGUGCAUUAGAAGCUGCAGCAAGUCAGACAGAGCUCCGCAUCAUUUCCUGGCUGGAGGAUGUCCAGCAUCUCAUCUAACCCAUUCUUCCCCAGCUUUGGUGUCCCUGCCCCACCCCUUUCAUUCAUUGAAUUUCAUGCCUAGG